AUGUGUGAGUUUUUUAGCAUCUUUCUUUGUUUAAAAAACACGAGCUGCCUUCUUUUUUUCUUCUACGUUUGCUUCUUUGCAUCUGCGUUCCUUUUACAUCGUUUUUACAUAUACUUUCAUUUUUUUAUAUCUGCCAUCUCUUCUGCUUUCUUUAAUUUCACAUCUUUAUUUUCAUUUACCUUCUAUUUUUUCUUCCUUCAUUCAUUCCCUUUUAUACAUCUUUUUUUUUUCUCAUUUGCACUUUCUUUUUUUCAUUUGUUGUUUUCAUCGAAUUUUCUGCCUGUACAUCUAUUUUACAUCCGUCUUCCAUUUUGUUUUUACAUCUGCCAUUUUUUUCACUUACCUUUCUUUUUCCAUCUGCUUUUUUCCAUAUUAUUCAUUUUUAUGUCUGCUUUUUCAACUACUUAUCAUUUUUACAUUUUCUAUCUGCUUUUUUUUCUACCUUUUUAUACAUAUUUUUUCAUCUGCCUUGCUUUUAUCCUCGUCUUCUUAUUUAACCUCCCUUCAUUUUCUUUAUCUCUUUUUUCUUUUUUUUCAUCUGUUUUUUUUUUUUCCUUUGAAUUCUUUAUUUCUCGACUAGUUUUCUUUUUUCAUCUGUUUCCUUUUUUUCCUUUGAAUUCUUUAUUUCUCGACAAGUUUUCUUUUUUCAUCUGUUUCCUUUUUUCCUUUGAAUUCUUUAUUUCUCGACUAGUUUUCUUUUUUCAUCUUUUUCUUUUUUCAUCUGCUUCCUUUUUUUCCUUUGAAUUCUUUAUUUCUCGACUAGUUUUCUUUUUUCAUCUGUUUCUUUUUUAUCUUUCCCGUUUUCCAGUUUCUACAACGGCCGCAUUUUAUUACACAAAUCUUCUUUUUCCGUCUGUUUUCUUUUCUAUUUUAUACCUGCUUUCUUUAUUUUCAUCUACCGCCAUCUUUGCACCUGCCUUUUUUUAUCUCCACCUCUUAUAUAAUUGCAUUUACCCACAUUUGUUAGUUUUUUUCCGGCACCUACCUUCAUUUUGCAUCCAUCUUUUCUUUAUAUCUCGUGUCUCACGCAUUGCACAUAACUCACUGAUCUAUCUAUCUAUCUAUCUAUCUAUCUAUCUAUCUAUCUAUCUAUCUAUCUAUCCUUAUCAGUGUCAGUUAAAUAGCUAUCAUAUCUAUCUAUCUAUCUAUCUAUCUAUCUAUCUAUCUAUCUAUCUAUCUAUCUAUCUCAGUCGGUUCAUAUCUAUCUCAGUCUGUUCAUAUCUAUUCCAGUCGAAUCCACUACAUUCACUUACGUGCUAA